UGCAUAUGUGGUCACAUGGUCCAGAUGCCCUAUGAUGUCACUCUGUCUGGUCAUAGGGGACCUGUCCAGGUGAAGAAGCCAAUCACUGUAUCAAAGCCCCAGAGAAAAGAGUCACCUGGAUUGCAGCAUCGCGGACCUGUGGGGAGAGGUCAGCCAAACGUGAAAUCAGAGAGACUGAACACCCGCGACAGCCGUGGAAAUAAAGCUAAGGAUGAAAAAAGUAAGAAGAAUGCCCAGGAGGGUGCUGCUGAUGUGGAACAGAGGAAGUUUGAUGGCACAGGCUAUGACAGCGAUCUGGUGGAUGCGCUGGAGAGGGACAUUGUGUCCCGGAAUCCCAAUAUCCACUGGGAUGAUAUCGCAGAUCUGGAAGAUGCCAAAAAGCUGCUGAGAGAGGCAGUGGUCCUGCCUAUGUGGAUGCCAGACUUCUUCAAGGGGAUCCGCCGCCCGUGGAAGGGGGUGCUGAUGGUGGGCCCUCCAGGCACAGGGAAGACCAUGUUGGCUAAAGCGGUUGCGACCGAAUGUGGCACAACAUUUUUCAAUGUGUCGUCCUCCACGCUGAGCUCAAAGUACAGGGGAGAGUCUGAGAAACUGGUGCGGCUCCUCUUUGAAAUGGCUCGUUUUUAUGCCCCUACAACAAUUUUUAUUGAUGAGAUUGACUCUAUUUGUGGGAGGCGGGGCACAUCAGACGAACAUGAGGCCAGUCGCAGAGUGAAGUCAGAAUUACUCGUGCAGAUGGAUGGUGUAGGAGGUGCUCAAGAGAAUGACGAUCCCUCUAAAAUGGUAAUGGUCCUGGCUGCCACUAACUUCCCCUGGGACAUUGAUGAGGCUCUAAGGAGACGACUGGAGAAGAGGAUCUACAUUCCACUACCCACUGCUCAAGGACGGGCAGCACUCUUAAAGAUCAACCUAAGGGAAGUGGAAGUGGCAUCUGAUGUGGAUCUCACCCUCAUCGCUGAGAAAAUUGAGGGUUAUUCAGGAGCUGACAUCACCAACGUCUGCAGAGAUGCAUCGAUGAUGGCGAUGCGACGGAGGAUCCAGGGUCUGAGUCCGGAGGAGAUCCGUGCUCUUUCUAAAGAUGAGCUGCAGAUGCCAGUCACCAUGGAGGACUUUGAGCUUGCACUCAAAAAGAUCUCAAAAUCCGUCUCGGCUGCAGACCUGGAGAAAUACGAGUCCUGGAUGUCUGAGUUUGGGUCUGUGUAAAGAGAAAGGACAGCUACAAGAUAAGUGUGAAUGUGGGAGAACACAUCGUGGACCAAUACUUGAGAAAAGGCACGGUUUUAUGUUUCAAGACAUUUUAAUAUGCAAAGAUGAUACAGAAAACUAGUCAUACCAGUGUUCAGAUGCGUUUGGACAUGUUUGGACCGAGAAUAGUCGCACCUUCAUUUGUCAGAAAUGAACUACCAGUCUGUGUAUGACACUGAGCCACAUUUAUUUGUUUCUAGCAUCUCAGUUUCAAGUGUUUCUAACUUCAUUCUCUGCUAAAAGAUGGAAAUCACCUGAGUUGCUAAUGACCUGUCUUAAGUUUCAAAACUGAAACGCCUGUGAAAAUGAUACUUGACAAGGGAGACCAGCAUAAUCCUGGUGCUGUGCUGGAUGUUUUUUUAAUGUUUACUAGUGUGUAGACAUUCAUAUGUGCUGUGUUCUUUUAUUUGUUUUACUUGAUAGUUAUAAUAAAAUUAACAUUUGUUCUCUACCUAUUUAAUGUCAAAAUUUACUUAUUUUCUC